UUACCAGGGAUCUUAUCACAUGAAGGAAGUAAAGAUGCCCUGUCACUGAGUCUUUAAAGGGCAGGAGGCUGCCCAGCUGUCACAGCGCUGAACCGAACCUGCUGCAGAAAGAACGACUCACGGCGAACACCGACAGGACGCCAAAGAUGAUUAAGAACGUGGAUUUCCACUGCGAGGCUAACAACACCGCCCAUCGCACCAUCGAAAUCACAGCAAAGCAGCUGAUUGUGAGGCGGGGCCAGUCCUUUCUCCUGACCCUGGAAAUGAUGCAACCUUUCCAGGCCAAUGAGCCGCUGGUCCUCACCGUGGAGACGGGUUCUGCUCCGUCAGAAAAGCAUGGGACCCGAUCUGAGUUUGGUAACCCAUCCCCCAUGUACACCAGUGACACCAAGGCGAUAUGGAAGUACAGUACUGACCGGAGCGCCAACCUGCGGCAGGGCGCCGUGACCCUGUCCGUGACCCCGCCAGCUGACGCUCCUGUGGGGAAGUACUCGCUGUCUGCAAGGACCAUGAGUGAAAGCGCCACUCUGGGAACUCUGGUGGUGCUCUUUAACCCCUGGUGUUCAGAGGACUGGGUGUAUCUUCCUGAUGAGACGGAAAGACAAGAAUAUGUGAUGAACGAGGAGGGAGUCAUCUACUGGGGAACGUCAAGCUACCCCCGCCCAAUGGACUGGGUGUUUGGGCAGUUCGAGGAGGAAAUGGUGGACAUUUGUCUGAAAUUGUUGGACGUCAACCCAAAACACAUGAGAGACCCGGCUCAGGACGUCUCCGCCCGCUGUAACCCCAUCUAUGUUAGCCGCGUGGUCAGCGCCAUGAUCAACUCUAACGGUGAUCGAGGUGUGUUAGUGGGACGCUGGCAUGAUGACUAUGGUGAUGGAGUGAAGCCCACCCACUGGGCCGGCAGCGUUAGCAUCCUGCAGCACUGGUAUCAAAAAAACUGCCACCCAGUCAAGUACGGACAGUGCUGGGUGUUUGCUGGCGUGAUGUGUUCAGUGAUGCGGUUUCUGGGUAUCCCAUGUCGCGUUGUGUCAAACUUCCAGUCAGCUCAUGACACAAACAACAGCCUCACUAUUGAUGAGUAUUACGACGACUACGGACUGCGAGCCACGGAGAGCCCAGACAGUGUCUGGAACUUCCAUGUGUGGGUGGAGGGAUGGAUGAAACGACCAGAUCUCGAGAAAGGGGACCGCUAUGACGGCUGGCAAGUCUUGGAUCCCACCCCACAGGAAAAGAGCGAAGGGGUGUUCUGCUGUGGUCCAGCCCCAGUCAACGCCAUCCUCCAGGGCGAGGCUAACCUGAAGUACGACGUGGCAUUUGUCUUUGCUGAGGUCAACGCUGACAUCGUCAAGUGGAAGACCAGCGCUUACGGCCCAAAGAAGAAAAUGCACUCUGACACCACAACAGUAGGUCAGAACAUCUCGACCAAGACUGUUGGCUACAACAUGAGAAACGAUAUCACAAACAGCUACAAACACAGAGAAGGCAGUGCGAGGGAGAGGGCGGUCUUCAGGCGUGCGCUCAACAGAGCGAGCUCAGAGGACGAUAAAGAGGCCGAUAGCAAAGAGGAGCCGCCGAGGGUGGAAAUGAAAAUGGAAGAGGAGACCAAGAUGCUGAGCGGUCAGGACAUUAAUCUGAAGCUGACGCUCAGAAGCAAAGAUGGUGCCAGCAGGAUGAUGUCCAUCCGUGUCAAUGCCCAGGCCAUGAAGUACAACGGCAUACCGACACACAACAUCCAGAGCAUCGUCCAAGAGAAGAUGCUACUGCCUGGACAAGAAACGAUUCUGCCUAUUAAGAUCCCGUUCUCAGCCUACAGCCAACACAUGGUGGGCAGCGACAGUAUCAAGGUUUCAGCUGUGGCCUUUGACAAACAGCAGGAGGAUGACAUCUAUGAGACUGAGACUGACAUCGCUCUGGAGGACCCUCCCAUCUCGAUAUCGGUUUUGGGUGAGGCCCGUCGGCUCCGUGCAAUGACUAUGGUGGUGGAAUUUACAAACCCACUCAAUGAGACGCUGAGAAACUGCUCUCUGACCGUCAUCGGAUGUGGCCUCUUCAAAUCAGACUACGUAGAAAGCAAUGUUAAGGAGUUGCAGCCAAAUACCACACUGAAGCUUCAGAUCAGCACCAUCCCCUACAGGGCCGGACUGAAGACCGUGGUGGCCGACUUCGACUGCAGCGCCUUCAGGGACAUAAAGUGCAGCUGCACAGUCGACGUCAAACCCUGAAGAUGUCCUCGCGCUUCCUGUUCGCCUUGUGUGUCUGAUUAAGGCUAAAAUAAACAGGAUGUUCAUUAUAUGACUUACACGACUUCACGCUGUGGUGUUCCAGGUGAACGACCGAUUGGUCUCACCUCAAUGAAUGGAUCGUUUAUAUCAUAAAUCAAUCAAUGGAUCGUUUAUAUCAUAAAUCAAUCAAAUAUGUCAAAUAUUCUGUUGUCCAAUAGAAUUUCUGUGUUUGUAAGUUCAGUUGGUGGCCGGACGUCACUUUGGGCUUCUGGGAAUAUUGCGAUGAAUAUUUUUACUGUUUUCUGACAGUUUCACGGCAGCAGGGGUUACAAACAAACCGGGACAAGUUACACCUUUAACUUUUUAUCUAUAUGAAACUUCUAAAGGUUUAUUUUUUGUUUGGCUUUACUUUUCCUUUUGAAUGUAAUGAUUCUGAUGAUUUUUGCUUUUGAUUACACAUUUGAAAACUACGAGUACUACUUCCUAACAGACUGUUUCUUUAUAUUUUUAGCAGUUUUGGGUCACAUUAAUUUUUGUUCUAACUUACAAAACCAAAAUGCGGCCAUACAAGGCUGCUAAGAAAUACAUGAUGUGAGAUCACCAGUUCAUAUUUACCUUUUAAAAACUGUAAACUGCAGAAAUAUUCAACCUGAGAAUAUGUACACAUUUGUUUGGUGGCGGAUUUUACAAAGAUUUAAUAAAUGCGUGUUUUCAACCAA